CACGUUUACUCUUCAUAACUGGUGUUUUUUUCGUAACCCCCAACAGUGACUUGCCAUCAAAGUGAUCUUUCCAGAGCUCCACCCUUGUCGCAAACUUGAUCCCGUUCUGCUUCUGAAUUUCUUUCACAGAGCCUCAGCUUGCAAACAGCUGCAACUCCACCAAAGAUCUGCAAGUAGUCCCUGCUUGACAAAACGGUAGCUGAAAGCCUCCAGAGGGUCCUGCUGUCUUUAAAGUGAAGACAUUCCCCAGUGGUGAAUGGAAUUAGUGCUGUCAACGACACUAUUUUUCAAGACCUCUUCCAUCUCACUAGAUCUUCUUAACGUCGACUCCAACCAAGCCUCAGACUUUCCACUCGACUCAACACCAUACAAUCAUACAAUCAUACACUCCAACGCUCCUCCAAGAGAUCAGAUAUCAUUCAACAUGGCCCCAGCUUCAAAUGAAGAGCAAUUCAAGUUCCUCAUCAGUUGCAUCCGUUACAGCAACAAUGGCAAGGUGAGAACUGCGAUCUCUGAAUAUUAGGAUUCUCCAUUGACAUUGUCAGGUCGACUUCGGUCAGGUCGCUCAAGAGUGCAAGAUUGUCAGCAAGGGCGCGGCGUAAGUUAAUUCCUUCUCAAGCCCUUUCUCUUGGAUUCCCCUUCUAUUGCCACGGUAAUAGCUGAAAUCUCUCAAUUCGCAGCGCAAAACGUUACGAGCGAAUGAUGAGAUCUCACGGCAUCGCUCCCAACGCUGCCACCAUCAAGCCAGCACCUUCCCGCACUGCCAAGGCCGA